CACUCCCGUAAAGGAGUACCAAAAUUCCAUCCUCUGAAAGGCUAACAAUCAAAUCUGAAGUGCGGAAAGAGCACUCGCGACAUCGUUGCAGUCGAAAUAAGUAGUGCACAACAGAGAAUAAAGCGGCGUCUGCGUUUUUUGCAACUCUGUCGCGUAUACCUACUUGUUUACCGCGGGAUGUUAUACCUACACUCGAUCAUCUCGGGUUUCCAUUAUACUUAUACACCUCUACAACACCUCGUACCGUACCGCUCGAACGUGUGUCGGUGUGUGCACAGGCUGCGCGCGCUUCUGUUGCGAGCGACUACGUCGAUGGACGCACUCAUCAUCGGAAGUUACUUCUAGGCCUACAGUGCCCAGUGCGAUUUUAAUCCAAGAAAGCCGGUAAACACAGCAUCCUGGACGACGGAUACAACAGCGGACGGGAAUAAGAUGGUGACGAAAUCGUCCCAGUGGAUUUUCAAUUGCCAGCUUGGGGGUUAUGUUAUUUUUAAGAGGAAUAGAUUUUAUAAUUGAAAAGUACGUCAAACAUGAGUGGAAGAACAGUUCGUGCUUCCCGGGUGAACUCUUCAGAAGGUAGAUCCCGCAAGAGAAGACAGCAAUCGCAAGAGUCAAAUUCCCAAUCCAGCAGAGACUCUGAUGGAUCUCCCAAGCGCAAGAACAGCUUUGAUAAGAGUAAGAAGCAGAGAAACAGAACGCGCAGUCCGUCUUCUGCCAGUUCUAAUGGCAGUAGAGGCUCUUUUAAUGGUAGGAAAAAUGUUAGGUCAAACAAAGGUGGCUCUAACACUGGCUACGAGAGGGAUGUAAGGAGGAGGAAUUUCCAAAACGGUGACAAUGACAAUUAUCGAAGAAACAAUAGAGUCAACGAUCAUCAGUUUCAACAGAAAAAUCAAGGCCGAUUUCAGCAAAACCGAAAUUCUGACAACCAAAGGUUUAAUAACAGAUUUGACAAUAGAAAUGGCAGAAACUUCCAACAACGUAGAGACAAUCAGUUCAAUCAGCGAAACUUUGGUGACAGAAACAGAAAUAACAACCGGAAUUGGAAUCAAAACAACGAUGACAGAAAUAGGUUUCAGAAUCAACGAAAUCAAGGAACCAAUUGGAAUAGGACUAACCAAGGAAAUUUUGAUAGAAGACAAUCGGAUAGGUCUGGAAACAGAUUUGGAAGUACAGGUGAGAGGUACUGGAAGCAAAAUACCUCAAAUGACAAAUACGCGCAAAAUCGUAGCCAACCAAAAAGUUCUGAUUCUGAGAGAGUAAGAGAAACUAGAACUAGUAGGGAACAGAAAAAGUUCGAAGAUCGGGGUAGAGCUGAAAAGACCCCAGAAUUGUCUCCAGAGCCAAAACCAGUGGAAGAAGAAAGAAUAGAUUUAGCAGACUUGGAAAUAGAAAAGCCUAUUCCUGAAAAGAAGAAACGCAAGAAGAGAUCUCGAUCGUCAUCAUCCUCUUCAUCCUCAGCUUCAUCUUCAAGCUCUGAUAGUGAUAGCAGUGAUUCCAAUGACUCGAGCGAUGACUCCAGUAGCAGUAGCAGUAGUAGCUCAGAGGAAGAUAAGAAGAAAAAGAAAAAGAAGAAGUUGGCCAAGAAACUGAAGAAAAAGGAAAAGAAGAAAAAAAAGAAAAAGAAAAAGAAAUUGAAGAAGAAGCUCAGCAAAAAAGUAAAAAAUUCUGCUAGUGAAGAAAAAAAGCUUUCUACCAAGAUGGACAACGAUAGACUGCUAAAUGAUAUUGCAUUAGAGCAGUCUUUAAGAUCAAAAGCAAUGGCUCCCAUAUCUAAAAAAGAAUGGGAAAAACGACAAAAUGUUGUACGAAGAAUAUAUGAUGAAGAGUCUGGAAGACAUAGAUUAAUUAAGGGUGACGGAGAAGUUAUUGAAGAAAUCGUCAAUCGAGACCGUCACAAGCAAAUCAAUAAUCAAGCAACUAGAAGUGAUGGAGAGUACUUUCAGUCACAAUUAAGGAAAAAGUAAAGAUAUUAGCCUAAAUUUUUAAGGCUGAUAUCUACAGAUAUUUUCUUUAAUUGAUAAGUUUAUUAUCAUAUAUUGAUAUAAGGAAUUCUUCAUUUUUUUCUGAAUAGAGUAAAGAAAUAUUACUGUAUA